UUUCUGACGAACAACCAAACACGUCCCAACUCAUUGGAUUUCGAGAGAGGGGUGGGGUCCACCCAAAAUAGUAGCUUUGAUAGUUUUUAGACAUUCUGCUGACGUAUUCAUGGGCCUCAAAUAGCUUCCGUUUUACACUGUCGUUGAUUGGGUGAUUCUACAGCCGACUCUAGUUUCCCAGCGGCAGUCAUCUACUCUGCAGACACUGCUGGUGGAAGCAGUCGGAUAUUCUAUUACACUUCAAUGGAGGAACAGCCCAAAGUCCGGGCACAAGAGAGACGAUAUCACCCCCAUGGAGAAGAAAGAAGUCCCAUUCAAUUGAAGACGUCUAUAAAAAAUGAGCAGAUCCACAUCCAGCAUCAGGAAACGCAGACGAAGAAAACAGGUAAUGGCAAAAUAAACCCCAGUGAUGUUGAGGGGGAAAGGAUCCAGUCUGCAGAUCACACAGCUGGUACCCCACACGCCACCACAAACAAUGGUAACAGACAUUUGACAAAUGCCAACGCGAGACAGAAGUCAACACAAAAGGUUUACUCCUCUGCUCCACCCGCGAGCGGCUUGGUCCAGAUUAAGACGAUGACUAGUGAUGACAAGGCCCGGGCCUUGGACGUCCACCACUGUGAAGGUCAGGAAUCGGGAAAUAACGACUCUGCGUCGCUCCAGAACGGGGAGGUGAACUCUGUUUAUAUCACCAACGGUUUCUCCGGCGACCCCACCCCUGACCACGCCGGCAGCGGGUCUGAAGGUGGAUACACCACUCCUAAGAGACGCAGGGGGGGAAGGAACAGCAUCAAGAACUGUGAGAAUGUGACGAGAGACGGGAACAGAGACAUGCAGCACGGCUGCGCCUCGGCCGAAUCUGAGGCGUCCAGCCCUGAGGCCUCCGACCCCGGGGCCGGCCCCAGCCCUGAGGCCUCUGACCCCGGGGCCGGCCCCAGCCCUGAGGCCUCCGACCCCGGGGCCGGCCCCAGCCCUGAGGCCUCCGACCCCGGGGCCGGCCCCAGACCCUACGGCACCAAGUCAGCCCAUAAAGUAGACCACACAUUACCAAGACGGACAGUGGCUCCCGAGGAUGUGAGGGGAGACCUGCAGAGGAAAGACUCUGACAGUAAGACAGCAGGCGCUUCUGGUAAAAAGUUUGAGGACCGGACCAAAGCCAAGCUCUCUUCCUCAACUAAAGAGGAUUCUUGGACUUUGUUCAAGCCCCCUCCAGUGUUUCCUGUGGACAACAGCAGUGCUAAAAUCGUGCCCAAGAUCAGUUAUGCAAGUAAAGUGAAGGAAAACCUAAACAAGCCAGCCCAGGCUGGAGGAGAGUUGCUGGCUCCUCAGGCACCUGUCAGACUGUCACAGGUCCCCAUGUCUGCUAUGAAAACCAUCACCUCAGCUAGCUUUACUAACGGACCCAUUUCUGGAGAUGGAAACGGCAUCCCGUCUGGCGGUACCUUCUUUGCUUCUGCUGCUAGUAGUAUCCCACCAGCCCACUCUCUCCCCUGCGGCGAGAAAGUAGCAUCUUCUUCGGACAGUAACUGUAGCUCCUCAAUCAAUCCCGCAGCAGCUUUUGAAACGAGGAAGUGUACUCUUUUCAUUCCCUUAAACCCUUUAAAUAUGCAACCUGUGCUCCCCAGCGCUCGUCAAGUGGACAACCGAGCGUCUCAGACACAUCAGAAGGCCCUGGGAGAAAUCUUCCACAAUCAGUGGGGGCUCUCCUUCAUCAACGAGCCCAACAUUGGAGCUGAUGGAGGAGGCGGCGAGCAGCGCGGGGAGGGGAAGACCGUGCCGGUCACUUUUCAAGGGGAGUGUACUGUCGCUGCAGACCAGCCAUGUCCUUACGCAAGCUCCCCUAGCCCUGAGCCUGCCAGCGUUACUCUAGACCUGGACAGACGGACUAGUACCCCCGGUGGUGUGUCUGCUGCUCUCGGCCCUGCUCCAGGGGCGAGGGACGAAGGAGCCAGCCUUCAUCAUGCUGGCCUGGAGAAGUCGAAGGGCGAGGCGAAGAGUCCGGGUGCAUUGCUGGCUGCUUCCUGUAAACACGCUGCUGCUGCUGAGACAGUCCAGUCGUCGUUGACCACCCUGGUGUCGGGUCUCUCUAAGGAGCAGGCACGGCCCAGGAGCCUGGACCGAAGGUGUAGCUGGGGGUCGUUUGAUCUUAAAGCUGCUGUUAAUUAUCACACUAAAGAAAUGGGAUGCAUCUUAAAUUUGCAAAAACAAGAUCCAAAUAGAGUGGUCAUUUACGAUGAGCCCCAGCGUGCACCAGACCAGUGAGGGAGAAUGUCGACACUAACACAGCCUCUCGCUCGGUGCUACAGUCACAACCACGGCAGUUGGGAUCGCUUUCAAAAACAAGAGUGAGAGAGAACUGAGAGAUGGUCGUGUGUGUGUGUGUGUGUUAAGUGACAGACUUUCUGUGGGAUAAUGGACUCACAUUUUUGGGGGUUGAUGGGAGGGGUUGGGGUGGAAGGGGGUCAUCUGAUUGAAAGAGAAAUUGAAGAGGAGGACGGAGGUUGAAGACAUUGUGAUAUAAAUCAAGGUAUUGGGAAGAAAAUUGUGUGCCGGAGUUUGGAACUACAAAAGGAGCAGAACCCUUGGUGUGAGAGGGCUGUUACCUCCAACUUGAACAGACUCUUGAGACUUUCAGCUGUGACAGACCUUGGUGUCUGUUCCUUCUCUGGGUCGUGAAAGGAACACGAUGGAAAGGUGCGAACUGAGCCCCUCUCCAGCCUUGAACCUGUCGAAUUGUGGUGACUCUUGUCUCACAGUAGGAUGCCUCAAUCAUUUUAUUUCUCCAUGCGUUCAAACGUACAUCCUGGGUAUAUCCUAGUUUAUGCAUACACAUCAAUAUGUACAAUUGUGAAUCCAUUGUGAGAGAAAUGAAUUGGUGAACGCCUGGAGUGUGAGAAUGCUGGUGCUACCAGGCAGGAAGCUUGACAAGGUUUAGGGUUGAACAACAACUGUAAGCGUUGGUCUUCAUUUCUUUAGCGUGUGCCCAGAAUAUUGACUCUUGGGUGUGUUUUUGUUUUGACACUAUUUUUGUUUGUCCUGUACGACGAGAUGUGACGCUCCCAGGGCUCAGACGAGGGCGAGGCCUGGGAGCGUCAGGCCCGGGAGCGUCAGGGCCCGGGAGCGUCAGGGCCCGGGAGCGUCAGGGCCCGGGAGCGUCAGGGCCCGGGAGCGUCAGGGCCCGGGAGCGUCAGGGCCCGGGAGCGUCAGGGCCCGGGAGCGUCAGGGCCCGGGAGCGUCAGGGCCCGGGAGCGUCAGGGCACUAACACUCAGCCAGGUCCUCAUCUGGUGAUGUGUGCUGAGCCACCUGACACCAGGACAUUGGUAGAACUAGUCCUUAUUUGGGGAAAUUAACCUAUGUAUAUUUUUCUUAAACCCUUGUGAUUUCAUCAAUCCACAUAUUUGGUGGCAUCAGUUAUUUUACUAUAGUGGUUGAUUUCCUCUUCAACUUGAGAUUAGUUUCAAAGAACUUUCAUGAGACUAGUUCUGGAAGAACCAUAAAAUGACUUGUUAUGGAGCAAGGGCUAUGUGUUCGAUAUCACAGGGAGAAUUUGGUGUGUUUAGUCUGUAGGGAGGCCUGAGUCCUCCUAUGCUAUUAUUUUGGAAACACUUGCAUACACCACUUUUUGUUGCUUGUUAUCUUAGCACAGAGACUUAUUUUUCAUUUUCUAAUGUACCUGUUAUGUUAAUAUUUCAUGCCAUCUCUACGUUGGUCUUUAAUCUUUUUGUAGGUAUUACAAUUUUGUUGCACGUCUUUUACUGGUGUAGAUGAACGAGUUGUUGAUGACAAUUGACAGUACUGUUAUAACGCAAAGAUGACAGACAAAAAGCAAUUGCAAUACUGUCUGAUGACCCUGACCAUGACAACAGUUGUGAUACCAGUUACUCGCAGGUAACUUCUACUUCAGUGUGUAAACAUGGCUCCAGUCCUCUGUUUUGGGGGUCAUUCAGGAGAUUACGGUGAUGGUUUUGAGUUUUGCUAACACGCUUUUAUCCACACUUCUUGUUGUAAGGUUUGUUUCCACACUACCUGAGCUGGUGCUGGCUGACCUCGAGCUGCACGUUGUGUUGUGGACGGAGCCCUGUGGGUGUGGAACCACCAUGUUUCACUGGGGUGGUUUUAGCCAUGGGAGGAUGUCUCGCUCACAAGUUCCUCUUCCAUGGUAUUCAGUGAUUUAGAUGUGUGGAUUAAUAGCACUUUAUGUAAACUAAUUGUUUUAUCUUUUAAUUACAAACCGAUAUGUGAGGACAUGAAAUACUCCUUUCGAGAAUGGCUUUGGGCUGUUGAUAUUUUUCAGAAAAAUAAAGAUAAAUACAGAAAUAUAAAAUGUCGCUCAGGUAGUGUCGGUGAAGCCAUGUUGUUUUCCGCCGGUCUAGUGGGAUGCCCAACGUUUGAACAGCUCACACAGAAUGAAACUUACGAAUACUCAAAUGAGCUGUGACUAAAAACCAAAAUGUUAAGCUUGCAGAGGGGCACAUCAUGCAAGCAGCUGGUCUUAACGCUAAGCUUUCGAGCGAUGAAGCUCUGAAGCUGUUUGUCCAGACAGAUUCCCUUAGCUAAGUAUUCUGUUGUGCUCUGGUGUCGACCCUUAAAUGAAAAAUGUGGUCCUUGUUCGGUUCAGAUGACCUCUGUCAGUCAUGGGUUGAAACGCUUCUUCUCGGUUUACAGUAGCUAAGAGUCAGGCCUGUUAAUAUGCAAUGGCAGGAGUUCAUCUGUACUUCCUUGUUGUCUCUUGUGUUUUCACAUCACAGCGUGCAGAGUGAUGAGAAACGUCAAGGAGGUCUCACACACCACUGCUACACACACACACACACACACACACCCUGGCUAUGUGCUACACACAAAGUUCUCCCCCCUCUGAAAUCACCUGCAGAGGGAAGACCUGUGGGAUUUAAAAGGCUUGGUUUUACAUUCAUUGUACGCUGUGUGUGUCCAAGUGGUUUAGCUCAAACUGUCAAAUGUCUUACGGCUGCAGAGGAAGCCAGUGGAAGUCACACAUGCAGUAGUGUAUGAGGGGUUUUAUUUGUCUUAUCAGCUGUGUGGGAAAUGUUACUACUGGGUCUGCUUUGCGUAGUUUAACAGUUUGGACAUAGUUUAUAUGUCUCUGUCUCUUAAAUGGUCUCUGUCCAUGCGCAGUUCAUGAAAGAACUUGACCAAGUUCCCUUGAAAUGUUCAACAUUCAGAAACCCCCACGGGGGGAAUCAAUAAGCCAAAACCGAUUUCUCUCCUCUGUUCCUGAGUGGAUCCUCUGUUCCUGAGUGGAUUCAUGUUUUUGCCUCUUACUGUCCAACAGGGUGACCUGUCAGCAGUUAGGUGUUGUGUGUUAUGGACAGUCCCGACAGAGUUGUGUGUGUUGAUUUUAUAAGAAGUGAUCUCUUCUGUUAUAAACGAGUGCAUUUGAGCAGAUUCUUGUUCUAGACAUGGAGUAACAGAAAUGUGUCCCACUUGGACCCCCAUAUUUUAAAGCACUUAGCAAAUCAAAAUGGGUAUUUUUGAAUAUGCAUCUAAAUAUAAUAGCUUCGCCUAUUACUUUAGCCUUGCAAUCUGUAAACCAAAAGCAGGUUCUUGAUAGUGGAGUACUUAUUACGUGAGUGAGUGUGUUAGCUUACUUCAUGUGGGUACAGAAAAGCAUUAACAUGAGGAUUCUAGCUGUAUUUUCUCCUUUUACCCCCCCCCCCCAACCCUUUAAGGAUGUUGCUGGAGGCCACCAAGGGUUAGAGAUGAGUGGAGCGUCGUGGCCAGGAUGUUUGGGAGUGUGCACGCUACAAUGUGUUCUUCAAAUAAUAUGCAAGGUUCCCCUUAUGAUUCAUGUUCAGGUGCCUGUGUGAAAAGUAUACUUAUACCAGUGAUUUUUUAUAACGUUUAUUUUUUAAAUUGCUUCCAAGUUGUAUCUGUGCCAUGUGUCUUUUCGCCCCCUUUUAAAACAUUUCUAAGACGGUUGCUCUUCAAAUUUCCUGACUGCUAUAAUUUUGCUUCCUUUCACUGGAAUGGAAGAAACUGAAAGACUUUAUUGUAUUUAGGAGUUAUUAAUGCAAAUGUCAUGGCUUGAAAAUCAUUUACCUGCAAUCAUUCUUCAAGUUGUCUUCAUGUUAAUGAGAACUGUUUGCUGGGAAACUCAGUUAUUUGUCCAAGGCGUGAGGUAACACACCUUUCAAUUCAUUUGUUUGAUUUGUUCUAAUGCAUUAAUGUAUUAACUUUUAUGUCUUUGUUUAAAAAAAAAAAGGG